UAAUCACGCGGUAUAUCGCGAGAUGUUGUGGCUCCACUUUGGAAGGAAUCUCCGUAAAGAUGGCGGCUCCGCCUGAAGAGGGGAGCUUGGAGUCCCGCAUCAACAAAGCGACCAACCCAUUAAACAGAGAGACUGACUGGGAUAGCAUCAAGGCUUUUUGUGAACAGCUCAGCAAUGAACCUGAAGGUCCCCAGCUGGCCACUAGGCUUUUGGCCCACAAGAUCCAGUCACCGCAGGAGUGGGAAGCCAUGCAGGCACUCAUGGUCUUGGAAACAUGUAUGAAGAACUGUGGAAAGAGAUUCCAUAACGAAGUGGGAAAAUUCCGCUUUCUUAAUGAGCUCAUUAAGGUGGUGUCUCCUAAGUACCUGGGCUCUCGAGCUCCAGAACCUGUUAAGAAAAAAGUUCUAGAAAUGAUGUAUAGCUGGACUGUGGGUCUUCCUGAAGAGACAAAAAUAUCUGAUGCCUAUCAAAUGCUGAAAAAACAAGGUAUUGUGAAACAGGACCCAGCACUUCCUGAUGACAGGCCCCUCCCCCCUCCUCCGCCCAGACCAAAGAACGCUAUAUUUGAAGAUGAAGAGAAGUCCAAGAUGCUGUCUCGCCUGCUCAAUAGCACUCACCCCGAGGACCUGAGAGCGGCAAACAAACUCAUUAAGGAAAUGGUUCAGGAGGAUCAGAAGCGCAUGGAGAAAGUGUCCAAGAGAGUAAAUGCCAUUCAGGAGGUGAAGGAAAGUGUAGGGCUGCUCACACAGCUACUGGGGGACUACAGCAAAGAUAAUAGCUCACAUGGCAAUGAAGAGCUUAUUAAGGAUCUGUAUCAGCGCUGUGAGAAGAUGAGACCAACCCUCUUUAGACUGGCCAGCGACACUGAAGAUAAUGAUGAAGCUCUAGCGGAGAUCCUACAGGCGAAUGACAGCCUGACCCAGGUAAUUAACCUGUACAGGCAGCUGGUGAAGGGAGAGGAGGUGAAUGGAGACAGUGCUACUACUCCCACACUUAAAGGCGGCAGCACGGCUUUGUUGGAUCUUAGCGGGCUGGACACUUCACCUUCAGCUCCAACUUUUCCAGAAUUCCCUUCUCAACCGACACCAUCACAGGACUUGGGAAUCAGCCUGCUAGAUGAUGAGCUCAUGUCUCUAGGAUUAACUGAUGUUACUCCUAGUCCUAACCUGGCCUCCUCCCAAUCUGGUGAUGCUACAACAUGGAACUCAUUUCAGUCAUCAGAUACUGUAGACACACCCGUCCCACCAGUACCAGCCACAGUGCUGUUGCCAUCGGUUACAACCCCCCAGGCCCCUGCCACCGCUCCACCUCCUACCACCAAAGCCCUGGAUGAGCUGGACUUGCUAGGAAAGGCACUACUGCAGCAGUCCCUGCCCCCAGAGAGUCUGCAAGUCAAAUGGGACAAACUUCAGCCUCAAUCCAAGCCUACACUUAGAGAUCUCCAGACUAAAUCAAACACCAAUCCUGCCACGAGCCCCAGCCCAAUACUGGCCUUGGCCUCAGAGCAUGGGAACCUGCUAAACUCUCAGACCAGUCAUGAGGUUCCUGCACUGGGCAUUGGUCCAGCCUCUAGCCCUCAAGAUGAAAUCUCUCUGGUCAAUGUUACUGUGCCCCUGGAAUCCAUCAAACCUAGUAGCAUGUUGCCAGUGACAAUCUUUGAUAAACACAGUUUGCGAGUUCUGUUCCAUUUUGCACGUGACUGCCCUCCGGCCCGGCCUGACGUUUUGGUGGUGAUCAUUUCCAUGCUGUCCUCUGCUCCGGUUCCCAUCACAAACAUCCGCUUCCAGUCUGCCGUUCCCAAGACAAUGAGGGUCAAACUGCAGCCCCCAUCUGGAACAGAGCUACCAGCCUUCAACCCUAUACUUCCACCUGCUGCGAUAACGCAAGUCCUGCUACUGGCCAACCCUCACAAGGAAAAGGUUCGGUUGAGAUACAAGCUGACCUUCGAUUUAGGUGAAGAAUCCCAUGACGAGAGUGGAGAUGUAGAGCAGUUUCCACCUCCAGAAUCCUGGGGGAACCUUUAGGGACAGACUGACUUUCUGCUGCUUUAUCCUUCUGCUUCCUGUCGGUCUCGUCUGAUGGCAGUGGCUCUCACUAUCUGUGGUUCAAUUCUAAUCCUAAGAAAACUGAGCCUCUACUCACUUCCCCUAUGAAGGUCAAAAGACAAUAAUGCUCAUAUUCUGUCAUUUCUAGCAAGCAACACCGAAGAACCUUGGGAAACUUGAUAGAAACUUUGAAUGGAAGCAUGUGAAGAUGACAGUUGCAGGCCCCAUACAUGUCCCCCAGUGGAAAUGGCUAGGUGAAGUGAGAGAGGGUCUCAUUUUUCUGAAGUGGAGUCAGGCCUAUGUGAGAGGAUUUGCCUUGGACCCCUUAUACUGUUUUCAUCUCUUGCUUUUCUCCUCUAUUAUUAGUCUUUUAUUCCAACAAACGGUUUUAAACAUCUAACCCUCAUCUUCCUCUGCUGCCUCGCUGGCUGUCUUUGUUUUGUGAAACUGUUAAUGAUGCAGCAUCAGGCCUUCCUGAAGUUGAAGGCAUGUGCGUGCUUGUCCCUCAUAAAUACUCCAUUGUGCUGUCUAUAGUAGAGAGAAAAAUAUCUGAUCAUUUGUAUUUUAUUUACAGCUUGUGAUCGGAGUGGGUCACUGAGAGCUCAAAUAAUGGGACAAUGAAAAUGACUUUGUGUCUUAACUGUGAUUUAAGAUGUAUGUGCUUGAUCAUCUUUAAUGGAAGUCCAGUCUAACCCUGUUUGCUUUUGGUUUAUAAUGAGCGCUAUCUUGGUCACAUCCAUAGUUAUGAGUUUAUUUGAUUUAAGUUAGCAUAUCUGCAUUUUGAUUGUCAUCAUUCAUGGAAUUUGCACAUAUUCUCUGAUUAUACAUGUGUUCCGUGUUGAUUCAGCAGAUUGCAUGUUUUGUUCAUGACUGACCAAAACUACUAGUCCAAUAUGUAAUGGCAAGUUUUUGCAUUCGGAUUGAAAUGUAAAAUGGUCUAAUCUGGCAAAUGAGCCCCUUCUUGCUGGUUACUGAACAAGAUCUUUGCACUUAAUGAAUGUGUCCUCACUCCAAAAUGCUGUUUUCUCUUAAGCCCCUGCUGUCUUUGCCCUGCCCAGCAGAAUUAAUUUAACAUCAAUGCUGACGUCUUGUUUAAAUCUACCGUAUGUGCCUAAUCUGAUGUUUUACAUUCAACCUGUACUUUUUUUAAUGCUGACAUGUAUAUACAUAUUUACAUUUAUUUGUCUGUAAUGUUUGGUUUUGGUUUGGAUGUUUGGCUGUAGCUUUUAUCAUUUUUUUUGAUUGAAAGAUCUUCAGUUUCUUUUCCCUGUGUUGGCACAAAGUCUUGAGUUCCAGAUGAUUAUGAAAUUGUUAUUGAUAUUUGAUGUGAUGACCUAAUCUGUGCUUUAUUUUGCCCUUGUGACUUCUAAAUGAGAUACUUCAGUCCUUCUAAAAUAGCUUUUGCCCAGGUAAUUGCAGCACGUUGGGUGAUAUGGACACUAUUAUUAGUUUCAGACAAAUAGUAGAAACACACUGCUAUAUUCAUAAGGCUGGAAGAAAUGUUGGACUUGGUGAGUUCUAAAACAAAUAGUUUCGGUGUCUUUGUCAGGCUCAAUGACAACUGUCAAGCUGCACUUUUCAUGUCAUUUUGUAGCCACAUCACUUCCCAGGCCCCACCUCCCCGCCCAUCACUGUUUUCCUCCUGACUGUAAAUAACAUUGGUAUUGCAAUUAUGUACAUUUGCCAAAAACAAAAAAGUACAGAGAGCAAAUAAUAAGUAUGGAGGAGAACUGGGAAUGUAGUGCAAAUAUGUAUUUAAGGGAAAUAAAGUUAUUCUUUUUCUUGGGGGUUUAAAAA